AACACACAUGCCGGAAGUUCCCAGCACCCCACCGCUGAAACCGCGCCGUCUGCUUCGUGGAGAGAUCACAUACGAUGCUGCCAAAGAACACGACGCCAAUAUACUCCACCAAUUGGGUUACAGAGACCAAAAGAUCCAGUUUUUCACCCACCUAUACCAGCAUCGUGGGGUGAUCUCGGUCAUUGCCGCCCAUCAUCUCGGCCUCGCUUCUGCAGACGCGUGCCAUGUUGUUGAUGUGGAGGAGUGGAUACAUGGGAGCUUCAAUGUCUGUAUUCGCAUUGAUGUGGUAGGUCACGGACCAGAUCCGGAGAGACAACUGAUGAUCCGAUUUCCCUUGCCCUACCGAAUUGGCGAGAACUGUCGCCCUGGAAAUGCGGAUGAAAAGGUUCGGUGUGAAGUUGGGACCUACGCAUGGCUCCAAGAAAACUGUCCGUCGGUUCCUACUCCCCGUCUUUACGGAUUUGGGUUGUCGACUGGCCAGACUUUCACAAGUCUGGACAAUUUGCCUUUAAUGCCCCGAAUUGUUCAGCGUUUGCGCCGUCAACUACUGAGUUGGUUCGGCUAUCCCGUUCCGUCCCAUUACAUCCAACAUCCAACCACGAAUCCGGUGGUGCUGAACACGCCCUAUAUUCUGAUUGAAUAUAUUGAUCGCUCACGGGGCAAGAUGCUUUCGGGGACAUGGGAAGAAGGGCGCCACAGUCCCACCUUGCGCAAGACGCUUUUUCACAACAUCUCCCGCAUCAUCCUGGCAUUGGCGCGCGUUCCUUUACCAAAGAUCGGAUCCUUCAGUAUCGAUGGAAAGGGGGUUUUGAAUUUGAGUAACCGACCCCUUACCCUUGAAAUCCAACAACUGGUAAAUGAACACAUUCCUGUUGACAUGCCGCAACAUGAUACCUACAUCACCGUCGACUCUUACAUCAAUGAUAUCUUCGCACUCCAUGAAAGUCGUCUUCGUCACCAGCCCAAUGCAAUUAAUAGUCUUGAAGAUGGUUUCUACCAGGCCUCUGCACUGAUGGUGAUGAGAAGUGUCUGGUCUGGCUUUUUUCGUCGAGAUCUCCGCCGUGGCCCCUUCUUUCUUAGCCUGACUGACCUCAACCAAAGUAACAUAUUCGUCGACGACGAUUGGAACAUCAAGUGUCUCAUCGACCUGGAGUGGGCGUGCUCUCACCCGGUGGAAAUGAUCCACCCUCCAUUCUGGUUAACAAACCAGGGGAUCGAUUUGAUCGACAUGGACGACUAUGGAAAUCUUCACAAGGAGUUCAUGGAUGCUUUCUCCGAGGAAGAAGGUAAGGUCCAGUCGCUAAUCUGCCUCUCUCCUAUCUUGCAGCAAGGAUGGGAAAGAGGCACUUUUUGGUGUUCUCUAGCCCUCAGUAGUCCUAUCGCGCUGUCCAAGAUCUUUUAUGACCACAUUCAACCCAAGUUUUCUAAAGCCCACGACGAUCCCGCCUUCUGGCGAAUUACCAUGCCUUACUGGGCAUUCAACGCUAUUGAUUUCAUCGAACAGAAGGUCGAGGAUAAGGACCGUUACGAUAUCUCUCUGCGUAAAGCAUUUGAACAAUGAAGCUCCGAUCACUUUCACUGACUCUGACUCUGUCCCUGUUCUUGGCUCUUGCUUUCCCCACUCCCACCCUGCUCCUGAUUCUUCUAUCUACCACUGCCUUCUUUCCCGCGUGUGCGUAUGUAAAUUACGCUCCAAGUUCUUGAUAUCCUCCAUCCCAACAGUCUACUAAUCAG